AUGUUCACACUUAAGAAAUAUUUAUACGAUAUUGCCUAUGGACAGAGGAAGGUGAAGAAUCGACUUGGGAUCGUAGUAAUGCUCAUCUCUGGAUAUGCUGGAUACAAUAUUGGAACCAAUCAAUCUGAAAAAUUGGACACUUCCUCACUCUAUUAAUUUAAUGGAUAGGAUGAGGAAAUAUACAACCUAUUAUAAACAAAGCCAGUAUUACAAUUGAUCUAUCCUCCUGGAGAGCCCUAUUUUGAUAACUAUAGAACUGCUUUCAUAAAGGCUUCAAACAAAUUCAAUUAAGUGCACUUUGUCCUAGUUAACACCAACCAGCACUUUCAAUAUUGUAGGAAUAUUGAUCUAUCAAGAUUACCCCAAGGAUUGCUUUGGCUACCACAGAAUUUCAAUCUUGAUAAAAUUGAGAAAUUUAAAUAGGAAGGAGUGUUUCCUGUUGUAGAAUAUCUUAAGGAGUAUUCUGUAGAAGGAAUAGAAUGCUUUUUAAUGCAGAAUGGUGUUAUUCCUGAAAAAAAGUCAACAGACAAAUUAACUUAGCAAAUAAAACCAUUAAUGUGA